AAAAUUAGUAUUUUUGCACUUCACAAAUUAAUGACCAUGAGCUCGUUUUUGAUAAACUCCAACUACAUCGAGCCUAAGUUCCCGCCCUGCGAGGAGUUCGGGGCGCCCGGCGGCCCUGACGGGGGAGGCUAUCCCCCGCCCCCGCAGCCCCCGCCGCCCCCGCACCUGCAGCCGCCCCCGGGGGCCGGCCGCUCGCCCCCGGGCUACUACCGCCCGCCGCGGGCCGGGCCCGAGCCGGGGUACCCGGCGGCCGCGCCCCCCGCCGCCCUCUACCCCGCUCCCCCCGCGACCGGCGCCCGCUAUCCGUACGGCUAUGACCGCGCCAGCCCCGGCCGGCCCCGGCACGAACAGCCUCAGCCCCCGCCAACCCCGGCCCAGGGGCCGGCUCGGGGUCCUGCGGCCACCCCCGCCCCCGCCACCCCCAGCGGACAGAGCCUGCUCGUGGCCAGCCACGUCUUGUCGCCCCCGCAGCCGCAGCCGCAGCCGCACCCCGCGCCCCCUCCGCAUCCCCCUCCUCCGGCGCUCCCCCGCCGCAGCGAAGCUGCCCCCGCCGCCACGGGCAGCCCCCCGGGGUGCCCUCUGCUCCUGGCGGACAAGAGCCUGUGCGGCCUGAAAGGCGGCAAGGAGCCCGUGGUGUACCCCUGGAUGAAAAAGAUCCAUGUCAGCACCGUCAACCCCAAUUACAAUGGAGGGGAACCCAAACGCUCCCGAACCGCCUACACCAGGCAGCAGGUCUUGGAGCUGGAGAAGGAGUUUCAUUUUAACCGUUACCUGACCCGGCGGCGUCGCAUCGAGAUCGCUCACACUCUCUGCCUCUCCGAGCGCCAGGUCAAGAUCUGGUUCCAAAACCGGAGGAUGAAGUGGAAGAAGGAGCACAAACUGCCAAACACCAAGACGCGCUCCUCGGCCCCGGCCCCGGCCCCGGCCCCGGCUCCGGGCAGCCAGCCCGCAAAGGCACAGACUCGGGGUCCGCAUCUUCACCCUCGACACCAGCCAGGUGCCUCCACGCUAUAAUCGUCCACAUCCCCGACUGAUUUUAGUCCCUCCCUGCUUCUUCCUUUCUUCUUCUGCCCCUCUUUCUCCUUCCCCCUCUGUCUGGACCAAAAAGAAACACCAACACUACACCCAGCUGCGCGUUUGUAAAUAAUAAAGAUGAGAGAGAGAGCGAGCGAGAGAGAAGGACACGAUCUCUGAAUCGCAGAGAAACACAGGUUGUCACCACGAUCUGGACCACUAGAUCAGGCACUGGCGGCCUAGCCUUCCAGUGGGAUUGUUUAUUUAUGGAAAUGCUCACAGAGCUGGGAUGGGAAGUUCGGUACCUAACUAAGGACUCCUUUCUAUGCAGUAUUUUUUAAAUGGCUAAAAUAAACCGUCCUAUCCAGUGGUGACUUGAGUUGUGCAGUUCUCGGGAAAUGUCCACCUACAUUCAGUGCAAACAAAAGAACCGGGCCCCUCCUCUCCCCAUCUUGUAUUCCCUCUUGCCCCCCAGCAGCUUGCAAAAACUGAUACUGAACAGGAAAGAGGAGAGGACAUUUGGAAUGUCAUAAGGUUAUUUAAUUGGUCUCCAGGUGUAUAGUCCCUGAUGAUAUUUGUGACACAUUAGUUUCUCUUUAUCUCAUUUAUUUAAAAUAUGGUUAGAGGUUUAUUGUUGUCUUACUCUGUGGCCCAGCUCUAACUGGCGAGAGGGGGCCCAUUUAGAUCCACGUGAGACUGUAAAUUGUGGGUUUUGGUGUAACUGUAUAUAGAGCCAAGUGCUGAGAAUAAAUCCUGUAAAACAACAACAAACCGUGAUAUU